ACUUCACUUGAGCAGUGCGCAUUUCCCGUUUUGUAGUUUCUAUUGUGAAUUUCAGUGAUGUACUUGUAUCAUAAGUUUUAAUUUUGUGUACUUAUUGCUAAAAGUUAUGAGUACUAAAGAUCUCGUGGUCCGGUAGUGUAUAAAAGUUUAAUUUGUGAUAUAUAUAACAUUGAAUACUUUAGUGUAACAGUGAUUAAAACUUUAAACUUAUCAUUGUGAUGAGGUGUUUCCUACCUGUUAUGUUCCGUCAAAAGUUUUAAAAGUUGUUCAACUUUUGAUUUUGUUAGUGCUUUUGUUGAAAAAUGUUAAAAUGCAGAUAUUGGCAUGUCGCCAACAAUGAAAAGGAUUUUUAUAUCAUUUGACGAGAAAGCAUGGUGUAGGUAUACAAUACACGAUUUGCUGUUCGACCAGUUUUGAAGGGCACAUUUCUUUAACGUAUUGCUUGAUGCGGUGACAGGAUGGAUGCGGCGGACAAGCGGAUGUUGGAUCGCGAGGCGCUCCGCAACAUGAUCCAGCAAUGGAACGCCAACCGCCUCGACUUAUUUGAACUCAGUGAACCCAACGAGAAUUUAGAAUUUCAUGGCGUCAUGCGAUUCUACUUUCAAGAUUCGGGUCAAAAGAUAGCUACCAAGUGCAUCCGUGUUGCCUCUGACGCUACUGUUAGCGAUGUUAUAGAAACGUUAAUCGAGAAAUUCCGUCCAGAUAUGCGCAUGCUCUCGUUGGGUUUAUACUCGCUAUGGGAGACGCACGGACCCGACGAUGAGCGUCGCCUCGAGCCACACGAGAAGCCGUUGCUCGUCCAGCUCAACUGGCACGCGGACGACCGCGAGGGACGCUUCUUACUCAAGUGCCUUACUAACAAUGAGGUCCCAUUAACGUCGGUCAAUGAAAAGGCAGAUCAAAAUUUUAAACGAAAAUUGUCAAAACGAGAGAAAAAAGAGUUGAAGAAGAAAGAAAAGCUAUCUAGAUUAAAGUCCGAUACGAAUGAUGAGAAUCGACCGGUCGCGGAGAAAUUAUACACAGAAUUACCGGAGACCUCAUUCACACGCAGCAUCAGCAAUCCCGAGGCGGUGAUGCGGCGUCGGAGACAGCAGAAACUAGAGCGGAAACUGCAGCAGUUCCGCUCUAAGGACGGCGGCCCUGACACGGGUGGAACUCUGAAAAUAUAUGGAUCUUCUCUGUGUCCCGACGUACCGUACAAGACGCUACUGCUGUCAGUAGGAGACACUGCGGCCGGAGUCGUGCGUGAGAUGCUCGAUAAGUACGGCUUGUCCAGACACGACCCGCACCAUUACUGCGUCGUGCAGGUGGAUACAGCAGACAACUCUGAAUAUAUUCUAGAAGACGACGAGUGUCCGCUCGCUGUCGUGAUGACGCAUCACCACCGCAGCUCCAUCAUGUUUCACGUGCGGCGGCGACCGUCCGAUGCUCAGCCACGGCGGCGGAAAAAGAAAUCCGGCGCGGGCACGGGCAGCGCGCGGCCCGGGAACGAGCCUAUACUCGUCGAAGUGGCGCCAGACGGAUCCACGCUUGAAAAUGGCCGUCGCGUACGGAUCACAGACCUCGUUGAGGUGGGUUCCGGCAAUGGCACCGCGCUACAGCUGUACGGGCCGUCGAUACAGCCGCGCCACUGCGUGGUAGCGCCUGCGGAGGGCGGCGGUUUCAGCGUCACACCACUACACACUGACGCGCACGUCUACGUCAACGGAAGGCGGACUAUGCACACACAACGAUUACAGCAUGGCUGCUUGCUCAAAUUCGGUCGAGUCUCGACAUUCCGUUUCGUUGAUCCUGCCCAAGAAAACAUGAUUAAUAGAAAUCUUUCGCAAUCCCAACAUUACGGCUCCGGCUCCAUAUACGACAGAUCGCCGUCGGGUGAGCAGAGGAACAGUGGUGCGAUGUCGCCGACCUCGCUGGCCUCGCACCAGCCCGACGCGCUGGACACCAACGCUAACGUGACGGAUGACUACCCGCACGCAGCCAGCCCCGUGUCGCACGACUACGGAUACAGCGCCAAUGACGGGCUCCACAACGCCCCCUACAACAACAACACGCUCAAGCUCGACAAUGAAUCACUCAUGAUGUCGCAGCACCUCAAUGAUUCCAAGGAUGAUUACAUUAGAGACGAGCAUUCAGGCUCGGUUUACAACGAGCAGGAUCACAGUACACCCGGCAACCGCGUUCCCAGCACACAGUAUAAGGAUAACUACGAGACGACGUUUGAUCUGGACGGCAAUGUUGAAACCAAAAGUAUCUGUAGCGCUAAAAGUGGGGGAUCGGGCCACGAUAACAGGAGCGGUAUGGGCAGUAUAGCGCGCAGCGGACAAGAAGCCAUCCUGCCUGCCGUGCUGGAGUUCCCCGAGGCGGGGCAGGCACAAUUCCUGGCCGCCGUCAUCACGCACCUGGAUCCGCAUGCGCCAGCCUUCAAACUUGCACCCGUUUACACGCUCUAUCUUUGCGCCAGGUAUCGUGCGUCAACCCAUUACCGGCCAGAGCUAACGCCGACAGAACGAGCCCAUAAACUUACUGCAUUUUUGCAUCACGUCGCUACACUUAUUCACGCUACUGUUCAGGAGCGAUGUACUGAUUCUGCCGCGCAAGCCUUUUGGAUGGCAAAUGCGAGUGAAUUACUGCAUUUUCUAAAAUGUGAUCGUCAUAUAUCAUCGUUCUCUACGCAAGCGCAAGAUUUGUUGCCCACUACUGUCCAAAAUGCUUUCAGUAACCUAGUGGCGUGUUUCCAAGAGGAGCUAUCUCGUGCACUGGCGGAGCUGACGAACCCCGCGGCGUUGGACGCGACGGAGGCCACGGCUCCCACGCUUCAAGCUCUAGCGGCCGCCAUGGUGCUUUUGCGGCGGUGUAGGGUCAAUGCCGCGCUCACUAUACAGCUGUUCUCGCACCUGUUCCACUACAUCAACGCUGUGUGCUUCAACAAGCUGGUGACGGAGUCUGGGACAGUAAGCGCGCGGUGGGGUGCGGCUCUAUCGGCACGACUCGCGCUGGUGGCGGCGUGGGCCGAGCGCCAAGGACUCGAGUUAGCCGCUGACUGCCAUCUUGCUCGCACGCAUCAGGCCGCACGUCUCAUAUCGGGUGCAUAUCGCAACGCCGAGGAGGUUUGCAGCGCUUUGGGAGCUUGCUUCAAGUUGAACUCGGUCCAAGUACGCGCACUGCUCGCGCCGCUCCUACCACCCGAGCUCGUGGACGCGGCCGUCGCUCACGCGCGCUCUCGAGCGGAUGAGCUCUAUCGUGCCGACGGACGUGAGAUAACACUAGAAGAAAGCGUGUGGCUAGGCGCGGCCCUAUUAAUCCCCGGUGACGGGUUCAGCGCGGAAGUGGUCCGGGGCGUGCCUCCGGGGUUAGCGGAGUUCGUGGCGCCACUACAGCGCGGGGGACUCUGUCGCCUUGCGCAUCAGCCGCACGCGCUUGGCUUGUGGACGGUGUACAUGCACGGCUACGGUGCGCCCGCCGCGCUCUCGCAGGCGGACCAUCCGCGCGUGCAGAUAGUGCAACUGCACAAGAACACCAACGGCAUGGGGCUCAGCAUAGUUGCCGCUAAGGGUGCUGGUCAAAGCAAGUUGGGGAUCUACAUAAAGUCAGUGGUGCCUGGCGGAGCUGCGGCGGCGGACGGGCGACUAGCGGCCGGCGAUCAGCUGCUCUCUGUUGAUGGUCACUCGCUUGUUGGAAUCACACAGGAGAAGGCAGCAGAAUACUUAGUACGGACGGGUCCUACUGUCACGCUGGAAGUUGCGAAGCAAGGAGCUGUUCUGCACGGUUUGGCAACCCUUCUGCAUCAGCCUGCCUACAACCCACGACAAGGCGCCAGCGGGGGAAACAGCGGUGCGGCGCGGCGGGCUUCAGAACGCGACCUACCGUCUCGCCUUGCGGCUGAGCCAGUGAAGCCCAGUAAGAGUACUCCGGCCCUGCACCACGCGACACUCGCCUCGCCCCUCUCACCGGCGUCGCCCGCCUCGCACGCUUCGUCGUCGCACCUCGCACAUCAGAUACCUCCUCCGAACGCGCUCUCGCCUCAAACCGCUCACACGCCGCUGCAAGCGAGCAGCAACAUGUCGACGCUCAGCGGUGGAGUGAGUGCGACGGGCGGCGCUUGGGCACAUAAGUCGCGCAGCAGUCACAACCUGUCAGCGCAGAGUGACUCCUUCUACCAGAACCUUUCCUCUGUACAUGGGCAUCACCACCCGUUGCAGGAUAGAUGGUCAUCGCUGCGUAGUUCUACGGGUAGCGGGCGCCCACAGUCCGCCCAUUUCUCCGCUACAAACGCCGACCAAUCGCCAGACCCAGCUGCUAAUUUACAACACCAGGCAAAUGCAGCAAACGCUAGAGCGGCUAAGCUAGCAGAAAUGUCCGAAGAAGUCACGCGACGACAACAACACCAGCAGCAGCAACAACAACAGCAACAACACCAACAACAUCAACUACAACAACAUCAACAACAACAGCACCAACAGUUCCAGCAACAACAAUUACAGCAGCAACAUUACCAACAACAACAUCAAUUGCAACAAUUACAGGCUCAGCAAAAAGCGAAUUCGCAUUCCCACAUUGGCGCGCAACCGAGUCCGGGUUCUAUGCACGUACAUGCGAUCGCACAGCCGAACCAAGGUUCCAUGCACGUGCAUGCGACACCGCAGCCAAGUCAAGGGCCCAUGCAUGUGCAUGCCAGCCAACAACCGGGCCAAAACCCUAUACAUGUGCACACCAACGCACACUACUCGCCGCAAUUGCCGCAGGGAAUGCAUUUAAACAUGCACAAUCAGUACAUGCAUACAUCACAGACUCCUACUCAAGCAUAUCACAAUCAACAAGCUCAAUCGCAAAGAUAUGAUUGGCAUCCGCCCGGACCGCCUUCUCCACAACGAUCCCAACCACCCGUUGCUCCUAAGCCCAUGUCAGAGGCUGUAAGAAGAUCAGACGCAGAGAUGGAGGAAUAUUUGCACCAGUCCCAAAAUCAUACUAUCGCAGGCGCCCCAGAUGAUGAGCGUUACUUGGCGAGUGCAUCGGAGCCACCUGCCGUGUCGGUUUACCCAGUAGGCGGGGCGGCGGGCGAGCGCGCUCGGCCCCCUGCUCACAACCCCUGGCAACGCGAGGAGCGCGAGCGGCAGGCCGAGGCGCGCCGAGUCGCCGCUCGGGCAAGGAGGGACGCGGCAAUAGCUCAGCUGGUGUCGCUAGGAAACUCGCGAACGGCCGUGCAGAAUCAGCAGCUGCGUGCGCUACAACUGGAGCGGGACUUCGAACGACGCGCCACCAUGCACCAGGACGAGGGAGGUGAAAGGGAAGGUGGUGGGGAAGAGGAGGAGAGUCCAUCACCAGAGCCCGACAGAGAGCGGGAAGCCGAGCGCGAGGCGCGGGAAAUACGCCAACCUGCGCCGCCCAAGUCUAUCCUCAAGUCAGCGCCGCGACCCGAGCUCACUAACGGAUACACAUCUCAUACGAGCGCAUUGUCGGAGACUACGCGCAUGUCUGAGGUAUCAGCCAGCGUCAGUAACUUAUCGCUGUCGGGCGUGUCCGUCGGAGUCGCCGGUAGCGAUGGUAUCACCAGCCCACCGCCGCCGCCUGAGCGGGGCUCGUCUUUCGCGAUAAUGGCGGGACGACGCGCAAUCGACGCGCCGCACGCACCGCCUGUCGCGCACUCCGCGCAUGCGCCGCACGCCGCGCCUUACACACACGCGCCCGUUGCUACUCAUCAUCACGAACAUGCGGCUGCACCGCCGCCACAGUCUCCAGUGAGCGGAGGUCGCGACAAGCGCGUAUCGUUCCACGAGCGAGCCGCCGCUGCUCCCCCCGCGCCUCCGGCGUCUUCCCCGCCACCCCUCGACCCGCCCGCCGCCAUUGCGAGGGAGGAUCCCGACCGGUUCAUUGAGGAGGCGGAGAGCAUGUUGGCGGGCCCCGUGUCGCCGGCCGGCGCCGCACAGCCCGCCGCUCACACGCCCGGCGUCAUCGGCGCGCAGGAGGUGUACAGGGAUCCCCGUACGCGACGGUUAGCUGAGGCGCAAGCUCGGGCCCCCGCCGCGCCAAUUCCGGAACAGCUCUCCUUCAAAGAGAAGAUGAAGAUGUUCGCGCUCGAGUCAGGCGAACAGUCUACGCCCAAGGACAAGGUUAAAAUAUCACGGGCACAACGAGAUAUUGACGCUGUACAUUAAAUUACCGGGCAAAUGAAUAUCCAUUGCGGGCGUUUUAUGUUUUAUCAUAUACUCCCGAAGGCUAACGGUAUUUCCAAAUUUAUUAUAGAAAUUCUAGACAUGUAUGACAAAACCGUAAAGGCUACUUUAAUUGGCUUAUAUUAAUUAGAAUACGUGUUAAAGUAUAAUAUUAUCGAUGUAAUCGAUCGUAUUUGAAAGUAAUGGCAACUUUAUACAUGAUCGUUAACCAAUCUUCAGUAUUACUUUAGCAGCAUGGAUCAGUGACUCACGAAAUUACAAUUAGUUAAAUGUUUAAUGUAAUUAUUUGUUAUAUUCGAGUUUAUUAACUAGAAGAUGGCAGAUGACAAUGGACCAGAAAGAGCUUUUUUUGUAUUAUGUAAGUUAUUCCGCAAGAUUUACUAUUUACGGGACUUAGCACCAAUUUACAUGUCAAUCGUAUUACUAAGUUGUAAUACAAAGCUAUAUUUUUACGACUAGAACUUUAAUUGGUAUAAUACCUGUGUCGCCUUAGCAGCUAGUGCAAUGUUUAGU